AUGCCGAAGUCCACCCCCGUUCCUGCACCACUUCGGAGUGCUCUCCUCGAGUGCUUCCGAGCCCCCACCCGCCUAGUCCGUCCAGAACUUCGCCGACAACUAAUCCUCGUUGGUGGCGCCGCCAGCAUUGCCCACAAUUCCGUAUACAGCACGGAGGAUGUGGAUGUUACAGCGCCAAAGGAUGUCAUAAUCGACAUCUUCAAAAAUGUUAUGGACGGCGCUCUUAACUUUUCUCUCCAGCCCGACGGCAAUAUCCAGUUCGAUUGCUCCCAAGGAUCCAGCGUUCAAGUCGAAUUCCUUCAAAUCGGAGAUGUAAUCAAACGGAUACACGCGGUAGAGCCUUUCUUUGAAGGCUUUGUUGCGUCCAUGUCGACUUGCUGA